AUGAAGUACCAAGCUGUCGCUGUCGCCGCUUCUUCCCUCCUGGCUCUCGCCGAGGCCGGUACCUACCACCGCCACCACCAUGUCCGCCGCAUGGCCAAGCGUGAGGUUCCCCAGGAGCACUCUCACGAGAUCUUCUUGAACAUCACCCGCGAGUUCCUCAACAAGGAGAACCCGAAGGCCAUUGCCGAUCCCGUCUUCGGUCUCCUCGGUGACGGUGCGGCCAAGGCCGGUGCAGGCCAGGUCACCAACCUCGCCUGCUUGCACCAGGAGACGGCCGACCAGGCCUUCACCAACGCCAAGGCGGCCAAGGACAUCCGUGGCAUGUCCGGCGCGCUCGUCUACGCCGCUCUCGAGCGAAACACUGCCGGUGUUGGUGUGGCCAGCGCGGCUUGCACCGACAAGGCCGUGAACCCCGAGAUCGCCGCCAUCAAGUCUCACCAGGACCCUGCCACCGAUAACGCGGCGGCCGACAACAAGGCCGUCACUCUUGAGCUAGCCAAGCAGCUGGCUUCCGUCGGCGGCGACCCCAUGCUUGCUCUUGAGAGCGGCACCUUCGCCCCUGGAGACAAGGCCGACACCACUUUCAAGGGCAACGCUUGCGACGAGGACAACGACCCCACCGGUUGCAUCUUCACCCAGAAGAAGCUUGUUCUUGACGCCACUCCCGAUGAGAUCACGGCUGCUGUUGCCGGCAUCAAGUCCACCAUCACUGGCGGUACUGGCGAGCUGAAGGCCACUCACAUCAACAUCAAUGGUCUCCCUGUUGCUGGUGGCGGCACUGCCUCCGGAGCCGCUUCUGGGGCCGCCUCUGGAGCCAGCAACUCUACCGCUGGUACUGGAAACAGCAGCAACAACAACAAGAACAACAACGCUUCCAACAAGAACAAGAACUCGGCCGCUUGCGCCGCCCGCUCGACCAACAACGCCGCGGCCAACAACUCCACCGGUAACGCCGGCGGCAACAACAGCGGUAACACCGGCAACAACAACGGCGGCAACGCCGACGCCGGCAGCAGCGGAACCAACGUCCAGACCUUCACCGGCUCUCUCGGCGGUGCUCCUCCCCCGGUCAUCCAGGGCACCGGCAACCGCCCCUUCUCCGUCAACGGCGACACCUUCGUCGGCAAGGGCGCCGCUCUCGGCCGCUCCUGCGACGUCCAGCACAACAAGUGCGCCAACGCCGCCAACAGCGGCCAGCUCACCGGCGGCGUCGCCCAGUGUGACGAGCAGAACUCCAAGUGCCGCGCCCAGGCGAGCCUCCGCAAGCGUUUCUUCAAGCGCCAGGCGACCGACUUCGGCUCCUGCAGUGACCCUACCAUCGUCUUCUCCGACAAGCUGGCCGACCGCAACUCCGCUGCUUUUAUCGCCAACAACCAGCAGGACUUCAACCACGGAUCCGCUCAGAAGAUUGGCAUCAUUGCCGGUUUCAUCUGCCAGCGCCUCCAGGACAGCUGCAAGGCUCCUCAGGCGACCAUCGACAGCUGCAAGGCGGCCGAGACUGCCGCCACUGCUGCCACUCAGGACCAGGCUGCUGCUGAUGCUUUCAACAGCAAGCUCGUUGGAGGCUCGGCCGGCAGCUCCAACGGUACUGCCAGCAACUAA